UUACCACCUCUUGUACUACUCUCUUUUCAUGAAUCUUUACAUAGCAUUGCAUCGCUCUAUCUGUGUUUGUCUGCACUUUUGUAUGAUUAUCCGUCCUUUAACUCUCCCUCCAUAACCUUGAACUCAAGGUUCACUCCACCGCUCCAACGUCAAGUGACUCACUCGCCGUUCCCCACUCCACUCGGCGUCACCCAAACCCCUCCCCUUCUCCCCACAACAUGAGACCACCAUAUCGAGACGAUGAAGAGUCCUAUAUCGCCGACAUUCCUGCCUUGACCGACGACGAGUCUGAUGCUCGUUCUGAAAGUCGAGAUCUACACAUCCGCACCGCCUCCGAGGCCUCCGAAACCACUCCAAACCCUCCACUACUCCCCGUCUGGCUGCGCGAAUCGGCCGCCUCAUUCAAGUUUCGAUGGGUUCCUCUGCCUGUCCGUAAAGCCUCAAGAGCAGUUGCCACAUGGGUCAAAGGGCCAGUUCCUCCACGAGUUCUGCGCAUCGAUCCAUAUUUCCCAAAGAUCCAACAAGCUCCUCUCCGCUUGCUGGACCAUGUUGCGCCUAGUCGCAAACAUCGAUUCAUUCUUCUGAUCGCCCUGUAUGCUGCUUGGUUCUUGACUUGGUCUUUGAUGGUUAAACACCAUUCCACCUCAGGCUACAUUAAAGGCUAUGGUCGACCUAAGAACCUAUGGUGUGGAGCCAGUUUCUGGAAUCAAGACAGUGGCUGCGGUCUUAAUGGGAACCAAUGCCGUCCUUUCUCCUCAGCCCACCUCGCCUUUCGAUGUCCUGCCGACUGCAUGGCUACCAUGCUCUACGAAGAGCGAAUCGUCGGCAACCUCUCCCUUCGAUACGAAGGCCUUGUUGUCGGAGGACCAAACCCUGAGGAACCAGGCUCUCUACCGGUCUAUCGAGCUGAUAGCUUCAUCUGUCAAGCGGCCAUCCACGCUGGAGUCAUCACCGAUGCGACUGGCGGAUGUGGCGUCGCCAGCCUGAUCGGAUCACACCAUAACUUUGAAUCCACCAAAGCCCACGGCAUCGAAAGCACCUCAUUCCCCGCCACGUUCCCUCGCUCCUUCACGUUCCAAACCCUGGGAUCAUCACAAGCCAAAUGUCCCACCGACUCACGAUGGCCGACCUUUGCCGUCACCGCAGUUGCACUGGUCAUCCUCUCCAUCUUCACCAUCUCACCCGCUGUCUUCUUCUUCAGCACCUUUGUCAUCCUGUUCUUCCACGUCGGGCUAGUUUCCGACCCUCCCAAUACCGCCAACUUCAACGAAGCACUAAGCAAACUCUUUGAAAGACUACUCCCUGCAGCAUUCGUCUCCUUCAUUUUCUAUCGCACCAGCGCCGUCCCACUCUUGACUGGCAUCACCGCUCAGAUCGAAAAGACGGUCCUAUACCUUGGAUUUGCCUUCAUCGGCGCCCUCAACAAUUAUACAUUCGCCCCAUUGAUACCCAUUGGCCGAUUAACUCCGCACGACCUAGCUCAACCGGGCGCCAAACUCGCUUUGGGGAUCAUCAUCUCCAUCGUCCUCCUUAUUAUCAUCACCCAGAUCCAUUUCAUUCGAGUUUCCGGAAAUAUGCCGAAAUAUCUUGCCAUUUACGCAACUUUUGGAUUAGCAUUGAUCAUCCUAUUGGUCUUACCGGGCCUGCGUCUUCGGAUUCAUCAUUAUAUUCUCGCUAUGAUAUUCAUGCCCGGCACGGGGUUCCAGACACGUCCGAGUCUGAUAUAUCAAGGACUGUUGCUGGGAUUGUUUGUCAACGGCAUCGCGCGAUGGGGCUUCGAUUCUAUCAUUCAGACGCCUGCGGCGUUGGGUGAAUCCAACGGUAAUGGUGGUGGCGGGUCGUGGUGGGGUGCCAAGUCACCCAACGUGACCGCUGUCGUUGGAGCUGAUGCUUCGAACAUCACUUUUAACUGGGGAUCCCUCCCGACCGAUACGGGUGUCGAUGGUGUCAGCAUCCUCAUCAAUGAUGUCGAACGCUGGCGUGGCUAUACCGACGAGGAGCUGUACUGGGAACAGGAUCAUGUCACCCUGGACCGGCGGGAACGAGACUAUCCAGGUGAACCCGAGUUCUUUCGCUUUGCCUGGCUCAAUGGCAAUUCGGCCGGAAAGUAUAGCCGGGUCGGCGUUUGGGAUGAAAAAGGCGUGUGGCACGAUGUUCCAGCGAAAUGAUCCUCGUCACUGUGCCAUUAGCCCCCAUACACCAUCAUUAAAUCGAAAACAGAAAGAUAAGAUGAAGCGUCAAAUUAGACAUCUUCCGGAUAGUCAUGGUCGAUUUAAUUCCAUUUUGACAUACUCCGUACAUACCUGUGGCAAUACUGAUUAGAGCUUGGGAAAGGCCCGAGCCGCCGUGGACCAUGAUACCCCAGAAUUAAGAAACCUAGACUCAUGCACUAUACUAUAUCAGAUGACAUGCUCGUAUACACGAAACAAACACGUGGCAUGACUCAGUCCAAUCUCCCUGCCCUAAAUGAUAUACUUUCUCCACCAAGAACUCAGCU